AUGUUGAUAACCGAGACGGCAAAGGCAAGCGCUUUGCCACAAAGUGAAAAUACAACAAAUACCGGUGCUGCUAAUAUAACAAACAAUGCAAAUGCUACAACAAAUGUAUUCUCGUCGUCGACGACAUCUGCUCCAAACACUGGAACACCAUUAAGGUCACGAAAUCGCGGAGACAAACAGUCGGAGGAUAAGUCGGAAUAUGGCUCAGCUACGACAAGUAAAGGAAAAAACCCGCCAAAGCCACCGGACGAAUUUUAUAGAGAUUUGCAGCUAUUUCAUGAGAAAAGAGGAACAAUAAUAAGGAACAUACCAAGAAUAACAGGCCGCGAAGUAGAUCUUCAUCGCCUGUACUGUGAAGUAACCGAACGUGGUGGAUUUUUAAAAGUCAAUUCCAGGGAUCAAUGGGAUGAAGUUCUACAGGAACUGGGAUGGAAAGAGAAGAUUGUUAACGGUUCUGCCGGCUUAAAAUUCAUCUAUCGACGAUAUUUAGAAAAAUAUGAACGUGUCAAUUAUUUCGGUGAAGAUCCGGAAAAAAUCGAUGCCAUGGAAGCGGCAGAAAUGGCUGAAUUCAUGGGAGGUAGAGGUGGAAGCAAGGGCUCUUCUCGCUAUCCUUCCAGUGUAUAUGGUGGAACUGGCGCCAAUCCUGCCAAUAAUGUUGCCAUGACCUAUAAUUACAAACAACAUCAUGUCAACAUGGAUCGCAGACGUCAAUUUAAACUUUCCACGGAUUUGCACAAAUCAUCACCAUAUGAAAAGUUGCUGUUAUCGCUGCUGUCGCCUUUGCCCAAUGAACAAGAUUUCGCAAUAAAUGCUUGCACAUUAAUGGCAAACGAAAGCAAACACACAUUGAAAGUAAACGAAUAUCCAAAACUAGUGGAUGCUCUUUUAGCCCAUACUGGCGUGUAUUCCGAUUAUACUAUGCGGAAACUAUUUCAACAUGUCUACAAUGGUGUUCGAAAACAUUCAUUAUAUGGUUUUUGGUAUGAUCUACUGCACGAUCAGCCGCAAAUAUUAGAUUUGUACACAGAUGAACAUACACUAAGAGAUUCGGGAAUUAUCGAUGACUUCGAUAAUGGCAAACAAGAUGUAGACGAAGAUGGCUUGUGGAACGAUUGUAAGGAUUUAUAUUUCUUAAAUUUACGACGUGGCUUGGGAACUUAUGACUAUGUGGGGCAACGUGUACUACAAGUUGUAACCAUUUUACGUAAUCUCAGCUUUUUCCCUGAAAAUUUACAGGUGCUUGUUAAGAACAAGACACUACUGCGGUUUUUGGUCAUGAGUUCCAACAUUCGGUGGAGCAAUGUACACAUACAGGCAUUAGAAAUAACUGGCAACAUUGCAAUGGAAUUGGAUCUGGCAGAUCCCACAGUGGAUGAUCUUAGUCGCUGCCUUAUGGCCACCAUAUGCGAUGGUAUCGAUGGCCCGGACAGAGGUGUCAUUAUAAAUUGUCUAGAAAUUCUUUAUAAACUUUGCCAACGAGAGGCCAACGAAGAUUACGUAUUGAAAUGUUUGAAUGCCAAAUUUUAUAAUACAAUAACACAGUUCUUAUCGCUCAACGAUAUAAUGCUUUUGAUAUUCACCCUAGAAGCUAUAUAUGCAUUAACCUGCUUGGGACCGAAAAGCUGUAAUUCCAUGAUGCAAAUACGUGGCAUUGUUGAUCAAUUAAUUUCCUUGAUUUCCGUUGAGGCACAGUCGUAUGGUACAGACGGAUGUAUACUUAUGCGUGUGGUUGAAACUGUUCCGGGUAACAUGCUACCAAUGGUGGCACAAAAUAUUGCCAAUCUACAAAAUGCCGUUGUUAUACAAAAGUCAAAUAAUCCUCAUCCGGUUAUGCAUAAACCCCAAAUAAUAAGUAACCAACCGCCACCACCUUCAGUAAUGAUUGGUGAUAUGAAUGCGGAUGGUAUCCCUCCAUUCCAUCACUCUGCGGGCAUAGCUGUGGCUCCAGUUGAGAAACAUCAUCAUCCGCAAGCACAACAACAACAACCACAUCCUCACAUUACCCCGGCGCCUACAUCACAAAUGUCACCACAAAACUUUACCCAUGAUGAUGAACAAUAUGCCUUAGCAUGGUUGGGUGCAACAUUUGAACGCACUCCCAGCAAUGAUAGCCACAUUGAACAACAGGAACUGUACCGUAUGUAUUUAUCGCACUGUCAAAAGGCUGGUAAGCAUUCGGUUGUCAAUCACAUGCAGUUCCCUCGGCUGGUUAAACUGAUAUUCACCAAUGCAGUGGGUCCCGCAAUGGUACGCAAAACAGACGGCACAGAUUUACCUGGGCAAUAUUAUGUUUCGAUUAGAUUAAGGGCACAACCUUUACCAUUGCAACAAAAAUCCAAUUUCAUUGCUAGUGGACCGAAUUCACCUGCUGGUAAACAAAUGGACAACUCUUCUCCAGCCCGAAAAGUCAAAAAGAAAAUAAAAGUGGAAACUACAACUAGUGGUGUUGGUGUGGAAGCCACUACAUUGAAUACCACAUCAACAACAACAUCGGUUGGAGUAGAAAAUGUCAAACCAGUCACAACAUCUGCAGCGACAGUUGGUCCCGGUUCCACAGCAUCGACAGAUGCGACAGAAACAACCUCAACAAAUAGCGAUGGCACAAAUACACAAUCUAUUGACAUAAAGUGUGAGGAGAAAAUGGAUAUAGAAGAAUCGGAAGCAAAUACAAAAAUGGAAGAGGCCUCAAGUGGGGCGACCCAGUCCCAGGUUGAUGGCAGCCCAGCCUUUGUAAAAAGUCCACAAGCAACAACCCCCUCAACACAAACGCAAUCUCAAUCAUCGCAAACGUCACUUAUCAAAAGUUUGCUUGCCAACAAAGUCAAUCAGAGACAACAAAAACAAAAGGAUUCGGUAACUGCCACCACAAGUAAUCCUAAUACAACAACAUCAAAUAUUAUUACCACCACCAAUAGUAGUCCAUUAACGCAGCCAACUGUCCCAGCUAUUACAACUGAACCCAUAAAAGUACCCAGUACUGCUAUCACAGCAUUAGUUAAUAAUCCUCUAAUGCAAAAUACACCGGUUAAAGUGGGACAGACAACAAUAAAACCGCUUAACCCGCAAUUGGCAUUGGAGAAAAAACACAUAUCUGAGUCUACACCACCACCUUUGGCUCCACUGAGUGGUGCUAACGUGGCAAAAGAUGCCUCCGGCCGACCAAUAUUGUUGGCUAAUCAAAUGCUUGUGGACAUCUUGGAUAAGAAAAUGAUCGAUCCUCCUCUACCUUCAGCGGGCUUAAUACAAAAACGUAAGUUGGAAGAGCAAGGACAACAAAACAAACGUAUGGCCGGAGAUCCAAGCAGUGGCAAUCUAUCGGUUUCCAAGGAAGAGACCCCGGUGACACCUUCCAAAAACGCAGCUAAUUUAUAUGCUGAAAUGGCGGCAUCUAUUCUAGAGGACGAAGAUCUAGAAGAACUGGCUGCAACACAGACAGCAGCACCGCCACCAAAGGACCCAGCGCCAUCCUUGACGCAGCCGUCAUUGAUUGUACAGCAGACAACUACGACUGGUGCAAUGCCGCGUCAAUUAGUCUUUCAAACAAGUCAGCAGCCGCAAAUAAAAAUUAAUCAAACACCUGCCACAGUCACCCAACCAACUAUGCAUCAAAUGCCAAAUGCAAUGGCAACAAUUAAGACCGAUCAAGGCUUGCAAACUGUACCGGUAAUUGUGCAUCAGAAACCGAUGGUCGAUAAUAGUCAACCGCAACAAAUAAUACAACAGGUUAUGCAGCCCACAACCAAUCAAGCUCCCACACAAUAUGUACUGGCCACCAAUCAACAGGGACAAACAUAUUUAGUGGCCCAGCAAGCACCACAGCCACCACCCCAGCCACAGCCAACACAAACCGUGCUGGUAACGCAAACACCCCAGCAACAGUCAACCGGAGCCAAAACGAUAAUAAUAUUGCAACAGAAUACAAUAGCGGGACCGCCGGUAGCACAACAGCAGAUAAUUACCACCACUACCCAGGGACAACAGCAGAAAAUGAUUAUGACCACACCACAGGGUCAACAGGUGCUUGUAACGCAAAGACCUCAAACACCACAACAGAUAUUUAUUAAUCCUCAAACGGGAGCGGCCACACACAUACAACCUAGGCAGAUUAUACAGACAGCUACACCGCCCUCUGUGGCGCCAACAAUUUCAACUCAAGCACCACAACAAGGCAGCACUCAAAUACAGGCCGGCCAAAUGUCACCGUCUUUGUUGAAUCAAUUAAAUCAAAUCCCAGCUACAAUAAAACUUCAUCAACCAAUACCUCAAACAGCAAGCAAUGUUGGCUCCUCAAGCGGCCCGGGCGGUAUCUCACGAAUUAACACCCUGAACAAGGGUGUAUCAAUUGUUCAACAGGCAUCAACACCACCCACACCUGUUGCUAUACCCCAAUUACAACAACAUCAAUCGAUUAUACAGCAACAUAUAAUAUCAGGACCCUCAACGGAGAAACGUCAUGUAAUCCUGGGAGCUGGCCGAGCAAUUGAAAUUAAAGAAACGGUAAUAACACAAACUCAACCACCACCGCAACAGUGUCAGCUAAAUCCUCAAACCAUAAUAACAACGCAGCAUCCACAACAGCAACAACAACAGGUACAGAAACAAAUACGUGCUGUCAUAGAACAACAGCAACAACAUCCUUCUAUAAUACAACAAAAAAUUUCUUCAUUUUCUGUUAUGCCACAAUCGCAACUGCAACAACAACAGCAGCAGCAUCAACAACAGCACCAUUCACAGCAACAACAACAGCAUUUACAAUUUAAACAGCAGCAACACCACCAGUCCUCCUCUCAUAUUAAUCCAUCAAUUUUAUCAAAUGUUGUGACUGCUUCAGCUGUAUUAACAUCUAAAGCUCCAGAGUUGUUGGCAGCAAAGCCUACCGAAUCUGCUGCUCCACCACCACCAUCAUUAAUUGCAAAUCAAGCACCAGCAAUUGUUACAAAUCAAAAUCAAUCAAUUAAAAAGUCCAUAUUAGCCUCCACACCACCGCCACCAACACUCAUUAAGCCUUCACUACCGACUGUGAAAUUACCACCAAACCUAGGCAGUGGGCCACCACCCUUAGCAGCUGUAAAUAGCAGUAGUAACAAUAGCGCAGCUCCAACUACUGCUAUACCAUUUACAAAUGUUUCAAAUCCAACAACAUCGCUACUGGAAAAGGAUAGCAAUAAAAAAGAAGAUAGCAUGGCAAAAGCGGCAGUGGGCACAACAAGUUUUAUAACACCUGCGGCGUCCUCCACUUCUUCCGCUGGUGGUGGUGGUCAAACUCCAAAUACUUCUACUACUUCGAAUGCUACUAACGCCCCAACAACGGUUUCGUCCACCAGCAGCAAUACAAGUAUGCCCGCCGUAUCAACAACACCUCCUCAAGUACCAGCAUCAACACCACAGGCCACAGUUGCACCCCAAACAUCCGUUGUACCGCAACUAACAGCGGCCGAUGCUCAAUGGCUUUUUAUUUGCGAUUGGCGUAAUUGUCCACGUAAAAAAUUCAAAUCUCUCAGUGAUUUACAACACCAUGUUUGUACCCAACAUGCACCCGAUCAUUUGGAUGCCUCGGCUGAAAUAUUUUGUCAAUGGGGUAUUGGUCCCGGUCUAUGUGAUGGGAUACCGCGAAAACGUUUUUCCCUUAUGACCCAUCUAAUUGAUCGUCAUUUAACCGUGGAAAGUCUUAGGGCAGCAGUUCAGCGUAGAAUAGCAACUGGUGCCCAUAAUAUUGCACCCUCAAAGCCUCCUGUUACUAUUGUGCGUAAUAUUGAAUUAUCACAGCGUACAAAUACCUCGUCACCAUCUUCCUCGUCUUCUUCGUCGCAUGCUGCUGGCGCUGCUGUAACCGGCUCAUCGGCCCUACAGGCCAUUAAACGUCAUACAGCCGAUUUUAUGAAUAGCAAAGAGUUGAUGGAUGAAAACGAAGGACCCGUUACGAAAAGCAUUCGCUUAACUGCUGCCCUUAUUCUACGAAAUUUGGUAAUUUAUACCACAACGGCCAAGCGGAGCAUUCGCCGUUAUGAACCUCAUUUGGCAAAUAUAGCCCUUAGUAAUGUUGAAUCUAGUGGUACUAUAUCCCAUAUAUUGUACGAGUUAAAUAAUUAA